AGAAUAAAUGCUUGAAUGCUAUGGGUCUUUUCACGCAGGUAUGCAGGACCAUGUAGUCAGAAAGUAGAUCAUGCCUUCCGGAUUAACUGGGCUACAUACCUUGCCAGUACAGAGCAGAUAAUUGUGGCUAGCUUUGACGGCAGAGGAAGUGGAUACCAGGGAGAUGAGAUCAUGCAUGCAAUAAACCGAAGACUGGGAACCUAUGAAGUGGAAGAUCAGAUUUCAGCAGCCAGAACGUUUUCUGAAAUGAGCUUUGUUGAUAAGGACAGAAUAGCUAUUUGGGGUUGGUCUUAUGGGGGAUAUGUGACCUCCAUGGUGCUUGGCUCUGGAAGCGGCGUGUUCAAGUGUGGAAUAGCGGUUGCCCCUGUGUCACGUUGGCAAUAUUAUGACUCAAUAUACACGGAGCGAUAUAUGGGCCUUCCUAUAGAAAGUGAUAAUCUGAGAAACUAUAACAGUUCAACAGUAAUGGCCAGAGCUGAAAAAUUCAAGGAAGUUGAAUAUCUCCUUAUCCAUGGAACAGCAGAUGAUAAUGUUCACUUUCAGCAAGCAGCUCAGAUUUCCAAAGCUCUUGUUGAUGCUGAAGUGGAUUUUCAGGCAAUGUGGUAUACUGACAAAGACCAUGGCAUCAGCGGUCAAGCACAUAAACACAUUUAUACCCAUAUGAGCCAUUUCAUAAAGCAGUGUUUCUCACUGCCCUAGCACAGCAAUGAUAACAUCUUUUUGCUUGUUAGUGAUGGUAUUUCUCCAGAAAACUCCUUAGAUAAUGUACUGAGCCAGUAUAAACUUUUAAGAUGACAUAGGGGAACCAGCUCUUGGGAUACCUGAGUAUACAAUGAAGCACUAAUCUUAAUAAUGAUUUCUAUUGCCAAGCAACCAUUGCAUUUUUUGAUUGUUUAAUCAAGACAUUAACAUCACCAGAAUGUAUGUAUGUAGGCUGCACACUUCUAGAAAGUACAGUACUUACUUGAAUCAGGAACUUAUGCUUUGAUAUUUCAAUCUUUAAAAAAAUAAAAAGCAAGCCUCCAGCUUGUCUACUGGUGUAACGAAUACUGAAAAUAACAUCAAAGAGAAACUGACAUGGUAAUCAUGAUGUUUCCCCCCAAAAAUGAUUAUUUCUAUGAAAAUGCUGAUAAAACUUUGAACAGAUUUUGCUGAAAUUACCUAAUGCUUGUCAGUGAUUAUUUUAGAAAUAUAUCAGUAAUUCUGCAACAUUAAUAAUUUCUAUGCAGAAUAAAACAUUUUACUUCAGUCCCUUGAGUUAUUAUUUAACUCAGUUAAAUAGUUGGAUUACAGUUGCAGAAUCUUGCAUGGAAAGCAUGCAACCAGCUUUUACCAGAGAUUAUGAACGAUACUUAAACCAGUGGCACUGAAUUUUUUUCCUAUCCCUGUACUGUGAUAUUUCCUUACUUCAUACGGAAAAAGGCUGCAACUGUGGAAACCUGCACUGGUACUUUAGCAGAUCACAGUUGCUUCUCCAUGGGACAGAAAUCUUUCUAUUUUUUAAUGAAUAAAAUCCUAUUUUCCAAAGUAAGGUAUAUUCCUUGCAAUCUAACAAAAAAAAAAAAAAAAAAAGCUACAAUGCAACUUAGCUGUCACUUGAAGCAAGGACUGGACUGCAACUCUCACAUGAUCAAGGAAAAAGGUAGGUUUGCUACCUUUAAACUUCUGCUUUAUCUUCGGCACUCCAGGUAGGCUUCUCCAGCUAAAGAUAAGAAUUACUUUCUCUUCAUUUCACAUAGAUAGUACAAGUGGGUUGCAUUUUUUCUAAAAAAAAUUCUGCUUAAAUUAAUAGUCAUUAAGGUAUGAAAAGUUGUAUAUUCUGUAUCGCUGAAAAUUCUGCUUACUAACUUGCUCCUAGAAUGUUAUAAAAGCACAUCAAUUCCACAAGAGAUUUACAGUGAAAUUUCUGUUUUUGUUUAGUGUACUGGAUUGGAAGGUGAUUAGCUAACACUUAGUUUCUUGAUAUUCAAUGUCCGUAAGUGAUGGUACAUUUCUACUGUGUUACAAGUGAUACCAGGUGCAAAUAUAAAGUACUUAAACAGGUAGACAAAGAAGGGUGGGAAGUUAGCUGUGAGUUAUUACUUGCAGUUAAAGAGCUGCAAGUGAUCCCUUAGAGAUCAGAGAAGCAGUACAUUUUUAUUUUUAAGUGAAACUAAAAGGUAUGUAGUCUUCAUAAGUCGUUAUUAUACUGUUCUUUGUAUCUGACCUACCUUACUGAUGCUAGAGUCUCACUGGGAAAUUGUUCUGGAAUCUGAACAUGUAGUUCUAACUUUAUCUGUGAGGCAAAAGAAAGUACAAUGCUAAUUACCAUCGAUUAGAAUUCUUGGUUUGGAAAGCAACUUCUAGGAUAUACUGCUAUUGGAGCACCACAUAACUUUAAAAAGUUUAUAUGCAUAUAUGCAAUUCUUUCAAUUGAAGUGUUCUAUUGGGCAUCAAAUCAGCUUCUUCUAGCCGGUAGAUCUUACCCAGUCCCAAGAACAAUGCAGGAUGCAGGGAGUUAGUAAGAUGAUAAAGCUACCUCAGGGAACCAACAAAUAGGGUUUCAACUUAACUUAAAAAUGCAUGACUACAGGAAAACACCUAAAACUGAUGCCACACAGGUAAGCCAGCUUUUUUUUGUUAAUGUAUAAAGCUAGCACUAUGAACCAAUUGUUUGUGGCCAAAAAUCUGCCAUGUUGCUAUAUUUAGGCACUUAUUGGCCAGUUAAACCUUUCUUCAUUUUUUUUCCCUAUUUGAAAAAGAUGAAUUUAUGUUCUUUAUUAGUACUUUACACAGUUUAUUGUUCAGAGGCAGCAGAAGCCUGAAGUGAAAGUUAGAGUUCCCUAGCUGGAAAGCUUCCACUUCACGUUCAAAACUUGGUUGAAACUCAAAGGAUUUUAAUAAGACAGAGGUAAUACUUUAAACAUUUGGGUUUGGGCAGUAGUACUGAACCUCAAGGACAACAAAUUUUUUCAGAAGCAGAAUUCUCAUAUGGUAAGAAUAGCAGACACUUGCACAAGAGGAAGUAGCCAAGCCAGUGCUCAACUAUUAGACACUUUAAAUUCCUCAAAGCUACAGUAUUUAAAAUUGUAUGAACUUACCUGUCGAACGGCUGGAGGUUUGAGCUAUUGCUGCCUGCUCCGGAGUGUUUUUCCCAAAAGCAAGAAGAACCAACUCAUGAUCAAUAAAUCAGAAUCUAAUUCCCACUCUUCCUGGAACGGGUGAGUAAUGUGCCAUCCCUGAUGGUGCACGUACUGUUUGUUAGAGUCAGACCAUGUACAUCACCAACAACUGCAAUCAGCUAACCAAUGCUGAUUGUAUUCCGUGUUUCACUGAGGUUGCACUUGAAUAUGCUUCCCAAGCAUUUGCAUUGCACAGCACAGUCCUGCUCCAUAUUCAAGUGUUAGGCAGCCAUUUAAUAUUGCAUACUUAUUCUGAGGUUUGCAGUGUGAAAGUAAGGAUUGAAAAUUAGUUAGGAUAAAUAUUUAUUUUCACAUAACAUUUCUUAAUUGUGAAAAACACAAUACUCUAUUCACAUGUACACAUAAACUCUUGUAAUAAAUUACAUCCAAGAAUUUAAGUAAUUUUGAGCAAUAAUAUGAAAUUAGAAGUAAAUAUAGCACUACAUUUUCUUUAUAUUGUGUGUGAUUCAGAAUGUUGAGUUUAACAUCAGAAUAGCAUUUUAAUUCACACAAGAAUAGAGUGACUGUUUGUUUAAAAAAAAAAAAAAGAAAACACCCUGGAAUACUGAACAGAAAUACAGAAUGCCAUUGAAUACACUGAUUUCUUAAUAUUCUAAGAGUUGGUCAAGUGAAACCUAAUACAUUUUGAUUGUAUAUAUUAUCUGUAACAAAGUCAGCAACAUAUUAAAACACCACCAGGCUGCUUUCAGGACAAACCAGUUUUGAACUUCUAUACUAACCUUAAAACAAUUGAAAUCUUACAAUUUAUCAUCGAGUACACAAAACAAAGCAUUUAACCUUAAUGUAUAGGCUUUUUUUUUUUCAUAAAUUCAUAAACACAAACAUUUAAUUAAAUGUAAAUCCUCCUUUGUGUCCAUUAGUUGUUUUUCCCCCAUAAAAAUGGCCUUUAAUUGGGCUUCGAUAAUGCUAGGAAAAACUUAGAAUAGUAAACCUAAUGGUUUGCAGCAAAAUGCAGUUGUCGUUUAUGGCUGAAGUAGUAGAAAGUAAAUAUACACACACAAAAACAUUAGAAGGAAUACUUUAAAUGUACAGGAUAUGAAAACUUAUUCACAUGAGGGCUAUGGGAAAGCUAGCAUGUCUUGGAAAGCUAGGGAAUGUUAAAGCCCUGUCACUAAGUUGCUAUAAUAAUCACAACAGUGUGAAUUCUCAUUCUUAGGAUUCAAAGCAGUAGUGACAGUUAGUCUUCAUUUCAUCAUUUAAAAAUUUACCUAAAAAAUUUAAAAAUUAGUAAAUUCCAAAUAAUCCAUAAAACUUUUGUUUCACGUUGUCUAUUAAUUCAGUACCUAAUCUCACAGUCCUUGUUUUACACAAAAGAACAGCCUGAAGGAUCAGGUAAUAAGAAAACUGGUUAGGAAAAUGUGUUUGCAAAGGGCUUUAAAGCCACAUUUUACUCUACAGUGCAGUUUUUAAUCUUUUUAUCAAUAUGUACUUUAUGGAAUAGUUAAAAUGGCUGUAACAAAACCAAUAGAAGUAUACCCAUUUAAGUACAUGCAAUCUCUGGAAUUACAGAGUUCUACGUUUGUUAGUAGAGAUAAAACAAAAGUUGAUAUAUCUGAAGUAGAUGCAUUUUAGUAAAGAGGAGGAACAUCAUUGAGCAGGUGUUGCAACUGCAUGGGGUUAUAGUUUGUAUCUAUAAAAUUUUCCCUAUUGUAAAAAUAAUAAAUUCAGUAAUGAUGUAAUGCAGUUAUUUGGCCUACCACAGUGACAUUCGUACAAUACAAGAUACUGUAAUCACUGAUUGCUUUUUUACAAAUACUGUACCAAUGUUUCACAUCAAAGGAUGUGGUGGUAUUUUUCAACAAAGGUGAUGAAAUGUUUACAAUAGAUAUUUUUAAUAUAUAUAAUAUAUAUGACUAUGUUCCAGUUACAUACAAAUUUGAAUAUUAAAUACACUGUAUUAAAUCAAGAAAAACUGCACAAAUACAGAGUCUGACCCUGCAAUUUCCAUUGCAAGAGUAAUUCAUGACUUCAAAAUGACAAUUUAAGGAGAAAAGGAUUAUAGAUUAUACUUGUGAGUUUGUUCAUAGGGUCAGAUCAGUUCUCACUUUAAAAACGACUUUAACCUCAACUAGUAAAGUUGGGUCUCCUAAAAUCACUUCCUCCAGUAAAAUGAUUUUUUUAAAAAUUGGAACAACUGUUUCAAGUUCACCAUGAGUGAAGAUUAAGUUUUCUCACACAGGAAAAGUAGCAAAAUACAGUACAAACCUAUUAACAGGUAAAUUGAAUUUGAAAGAAACUUUGCUUGUUAAACUUAUGAUAUGAAAAUACUGAUAAAUGGCCAACACCAGCAAAGAAAAUGAAGAUUUUUGGCAUUGGCUACUGCAGACUUUUGCACAGACAGCAGACAAUGUAGACAUUUAAACAAAGAGUAAUGAGACAAACAUUGCACUACAUUACCUGUGCUAGUUUGAGAUGAAAGACAAAAGUUACAAGAUCAAAUCAGUUAUAUCUAGUGGCUGUGGCACUCCUUUCAUUCAUUUAAAAAAAAAAA